AUGGUCAUACCAUCCCUGCCAAGUGUAUCUCCUCAGUGGAAACUCAAUGACCUACUGCUAAACAACACAGCAGUCAUCACGAGACUUCAAAAGACUGUCCACAUAUAUUUUAGGGAAAAUGAUAGCCCAGACACAACACCAGCCAUGCAAUGGGAGGCACACAAAUAUGUAGCGAAAGGUGAACUUAUUAGAAUGGCUUCUCACCUCAAACGCAAAAGGGAAAUGGACACGAGGAAAUUGUCCCAGGAAAUUAAAAUCCUAGAGGAGAAACAUGUUAGGGAGAACACCCUACUAAACUAUACAGCACUUAAUAGGAAACUACAGGAGGUACGACUGAACAACUCGAUUCGGAGUUUACACCUCAAAGCUUCUGA